UGGGAGACAACGUGCGCACUCACAUGUGCACGCACACACACAGUCGUAUGCACAGAGUGUGUGUCAUGCUAGCAGUGUGUGGGCUGAACCGACCAGCCUUCCACUCAUCCUGCCUCUCCCUCUCUCUCUCUCUUUCUCUCUCUCUCUCUCCCUCUCCCUCCUUCUCUCUCUUCUUCCCUCUCUCUUUUCGUCUCUGGAUACACCUCUUCUUCUUCUCCUUCCUUCUUCCUCUUCUUUUUUUUCCAUCUUCCAUCAUCUCUCUCUCUCUCUCUCUUUCCCACCAUCAGUCCCCCUCUUUUCUUUUCAGUUUAUCAUCAUGGAGAACGAGUCGGUGAUCUUCUGGGAUGGGCAGGGCAGCUCCCAGAAUACAAUCUGAAACUCUGAGAGCUCUUUCUCUACUGUGGGAUUACUACACAAUAACACCACAUAAACAACUUUACUCUUCACCAUAAAAGUACUUCAACUACUCUGGAUUCUGCUCAUCCUACAAGAGGAACUACAACAUCUACAGAAACUACUUCACCUGCUGCAGAAAGUACUUCUUCUGCUACUACUUCCACCACUACAUCAACCGCAGGAUUACAUCAGUUGCACCAGAAACUCCUCAGAGGUCCAAUCAAUCAAAAUCCAAACAGAGACACAAGAACCUGGCACCUCAAGCUGGACCAGAACCUAGAAACCAGAAGCCAAAACCAGGCCAAAGCCAGUACCGGACCAGUAAGCCAGUAAAAGCCAAGGCAAGACCAGACCAGGCCAAGACAGACCAGAAGAGACCAGUAGAAAUCAGUAAAGGCUGUUGGAAAAGUUUGAUGGGACUGCUGACAAUAGCCACAUGCCUCUGAGUCCGGCUGCUGACACCAAACAUGAUCGCCCGCGGCAACAGGCGGUUACUAACGGCAACCCGACAGGCUCUGCUGUUGCCAGGGACGACGACGCUGAUGACACGCCUCCUGGAAACAGCAUUGUCGUCCGCAUUGGCAUCCCGGACCUGCAGCAGACGAAGUGUUUGCGGUUGGACCCAGAGUUACCAGUUUGGACCAGUAAGCAGAGGGUUCUGGUGACGUUGACUCAGUCUCUGUCGGAUGUUUUGAACUAUGGUCUCUUCCAGCCGGCGUUCAACGGCCGAGCCGGAAAGUUUCUGGAUGAGGAGCGGCUGCUGAAGGAGUAUCCUCUCCCCCCCAUCACACCCAUCCCAUACCUGGAGUUUCGUUAUAAGAGGAGAGUUUACACACAGAGCUACGUGGACGAUAAGCAGCUGGCCAAGUUACACACCAAGGCCAAUCUGAAGCGUUUUAUGGAACAUGUUCAUCAGAAGAAUGUGGAGAAGGUUUCCAAAUGGCUGGAAAAAGGCCUGGACCCCAACUUCCAUGACUCUGACAGUGGGGAGUGUCCUCUGACUCUGGCGGUGCAGUUGGAGGAAAGCUGUGAGCUGAUCAAAGUUCUUCGCAGUGGAGGAGCUCAUCUAGACUUCAGGACCAGAGACGGUAUCACCGCUCUGCACCGAGCCGUCCUCUGCAGGAACAGCGCUGCUCUCACUACCCUGCUGGACCUCGGUGCAUCUCCAGACUACAAGGACAGCAGAGGUCUCACUCCGCUCUAUCACUCUGCCAUGGUGGGUGGUGCCCCCUACUGCUGCGAGCUGCUACUGCAGGACCACGCCACCAUCGGGAUGACUGAUGAGAACGGGUGGCAGGAAAUCCACCAGGCGUGUCGCUAUGGUAACGUGCAGCACUUGGAGCACCUGCUGUUCUAUGGCGCUGACAUGAGUUCCCAGAAUGCAUCAGGAAACACUGCACUGCACCUAUGUGCGCUCUACAACCAGGACAGCUGUGCCAGAGUGCUGCUGUUCAGAGGAGCAAACAAGGACAUCAAGAACUACAACAACCAGACUGCUUUUCAGGUGGCGAUCAUUGCUGGGAACUUUGAUCUCGCAGAAAUCAUUAAGAUUCACAAAACCUCUGACGUUGUUCCCUUCAGAGAAACUCCCUCCUAUACCAAACGCCGCCGAGUCGGCGUGACCAGGACGCCGGCUGGGAACGGUCUGUCAUCUCCACGUUCUCUGAUUCGUUCUGCCAGUGACAACGCUCUGGAAAGCCCCGCCUCCUCUCCUGGCCCCUCCCUCCAAAGCCUGGAGACACACCACGACACGCACACACAUUCACUACGACGACACACACGCCGACUCAGCCCAAGUGGUGGAGGCCAUGUGGAGAACAGCCCCCCCUCCUCCCCUCCCCUGACCCCCCAGAUGAGGAAGAGGAGGCUGUACAGCGCCGUACCGGGACGUACCUUCAUCGCCACCCGGUCACAUGUCCCCCAGGGGCCCGGCGAGAUCCAGCUGCACCGAGGAGAGCGAGUGAAAGUGUUGUCUAUAGGUGAGGGAGGAUUCUGGGAGGGAAGCGUCAAAGGAAGAACUGGUUGGUUUCCUGCCGACUGUGUUGAAGAAGUCCAGAUGAGACAAUAUGACCCCAGACUGGAGACGAGGGAGGACCGCACUAAGAGACUGUUCAGACAUUAUACUGUGGGAUCCUAUGACAACUACACCUCCUACAGUGACUAUGUGAUCGAGGAGAAGACGGCCGUGCUGCAGAAGAGAGAGAGCGAGGGAUUCGGCUUCGUCCUCAGAGGAGCUAAAGCGGAGACGCCCAUCGAGGAGUUUGCCCCAACCCCGGCAUUUCCCGCUCUUCAGUAUCUGGAGUCAGUUGACCAGGGGGGCGUGGCUUGGAGGGCGGGGCUUCGAACUGGAGACUUCCUCAUAGAGGUGAACGGUACGGACGUGGUAAAGGUGGGUCACCGGCAGGUCGUCGCUCUGAUCCGACAGGGAGGAAGUCGCCUCCUGAUGAAGGUCGUGUCUGUUUCCAGAAAAUCUGAAUCCAACCUCCUCAGGAAGAAAGCUCCACCCCCUCCAAAACGAGCCCCCAGCACUUCGCUGACGCUCCGAUCCAAGUCCAUGACCGCUGACCUGGAGGAGAUAGCCAGGAGGAGACGCUUCGAGAAACUGGACGAGAUGUUGGCCAGUGGUCAGCAGGAAGUUGUUCUGAGAGCCCGUCCGUCAGAUGACUUCAGAGCAGCGACGGUCAAACAGCGACCGACAAGCCGACGGAUCACACAGGCUGAGAUUAAUUCCCUGUUUGAGCGUCAGGGUUUGGUUCCCCCCUCGGCCCCAGAGAAGAGCACGAUGCCUUUACCUAGAGGAAUGUCCAGAACCAAGAGUUUUGGUACACCUGAGGACGACCGGAUCACCGCUCUGAUCAAUGAGAGUCGGUUUCCACGGAGCUCCUCACUGACAGACAGCUUCAUCCCUCCUCCUCCUCAGACAGCUCCACCUCCUCCUCCCUCCGCCUCCUCCACCUCUUCGCUCUUCCUCCUUGACUCUGGGCCUCCUCCCUCCUUCCUCCCGCCUCCUCCCCCGGCCAGAGGGGAGGGGCUGACCCGCUCCAGCUUUAAACCGGGGGCGGAGCCAAGGCUGCAAGAGCUCUCCGAUUCACCGUCAAGGAGUCAUGCCCACGCUGAGCGACAGAGGAAGGCGAGAUCGAUGAUCAUCCUUCAGGACACGCCGCCGCCAUUGCAGCCUGACGCGCACACCGCCGCCACGCACACUCUGCACACUGCCACACACACUGCUACACACACGCUUCACACCGCUACACACACCUCCACGCUGUCUCUCCACAGCACCAGCCCCGCCCUCGGCCACUCACCGCUGUCACGCCGCCGCGGUCGACCAAUAGAAAACCCUUAUGCUAAUGUGGGACAACAGGCUCCACCCACCAAACCACAGAGGAGGAAGUCACCUUUGUUGAAACAACUUCCUGUAGAGGAGCAGGGACUUGGAAUCAAAGAUCAUGAUUCGUCCAAAUUAGACGGUGGUGGGCCAGGCAGCCCCAGCAGGGCGGAACUGUACCAGCAGCAGGUUCUUUCUGAGCGCGCUCGGGUACAGGGCCGCCGAUCAUCUCUCUUCCUGUCUGUUGAGGGGGCAGGGUCAGAAAACCAGGUCCCGCCCCUCCUGACUCAGAGCCAUUCGAUGGACGACCUCGGCGAGCUUCCUCCACCUGCCCCGGUCCUAUCACCUUCACCGACACCUCACACCUUCCUCCACCCACUGACGGGGAAACCUCUAGAUCCUUCCUCUCCACUCGCCCUGGCUCUUGCUGCACGAGAACGAGCGCUCACUGCUCGAACACCAAGCCCCGAGCCUCGAACUAAACACGCAUCUGCCUCCACCACACCCAUCCCCACCCCGGCCGCCAGCCCUGAGGGCAGACACAAGCGCACCCCUAUUGCCACCCCACAGAGUAGCCCUGAGCCCCGAUCCAAACGUACCACCCCACAGACAAGCCCAGAGCAGCGAACCAAGCGCACCACUCCUCAAACCAGCCCUGAACUGAGGCAUAAACGCAUAACCCCGCCCCUCUUCCCUGACGGACAGGUGGAGCGUCCAGAGACAGAGGGAGGUGUGACAUCACCUGCCGGUCCCUCCCCAGAACGUUGGAGACCCUCCCCUUUACCACCACUGGCCAAUGAGAGUCACUCUGCUCUGAUUGACAGGCGUAGGAGCCUCACAGUGGGCAGCUCAGAGGAGGAGGGCGGGGCUUAUACAGUGACACUCCCACCAGCAUUGUUGUCAUCCAGUGAUGAGGAAACCAGGGAGGAGCUGCGCAGAAUUGGUCUGGUGACUCCUCCCCCUGCCUUUGCCAGUCCUCCUGCUGCUCCUCCCCCAUCCUCCCUCACCCUACUGCCACGACGAGCUGGGGAGGGAGGGGGAGGAGAGAGUGGUCCUGAGUCCCUGGGUAGACGUGCAGAUGAGGAGGAAGGAGGUGACGAACGCCUCCAUGACAGCUCCUCCUCCCCGAGUUCACUCCCUCCCUCCAUCACCUUGGCCUCCCCUCCUGCUCCAUCCUCCCCCUCUUCCCCACCUGCUGCUCACCCAUCUCCUUCAUCCGCUGCCACUUCCCCAUCAGGCCUAAAGCCUCGCCUUCGUUCACCAAUCGGCCGGGGCCGCUCAGCACUUCGGGACCCGCUGCUGAAACAAUCAUCAGACAGUGAGCUCCUCCCCUCUGCCUCCUCUUCCUCCCCCUCCUCACCACUCUGUUCCUCCCCCACCAGUGGGGGAGGCCGGCAGCCACGCUACCUAUUCCAGAGAAGGUCCAAGUUGUGGGGGGGGGGGGACGACCGUGGGGACGAGCGACGGGGCCUCAGCCCAGAGGAAGGAGGAGGUCGUCCGGCAGCACUGGGAGGUCAGGGGUCGGGGUCAGCUGUGGAUCUGACCAGCCGGUCUGCAUCAGCGCUGGAGCUGAGCGGCAGGGCGGGGUCUGGACUGGAUCUGGCCAAUCGACUGCAGCUGCUCAACAAAGACAGUCACUCUCUGGGGGAAGAGCCGAGCCCCCUCGACCCGGGUCGGAGGUCACCAGUGGGAGGUGCCAGAUGGAUGAACAGUGGAGAGAGUAAAUCGUUGUUCUCCAGUCUCGGUGAACUCCACACCAUCUCCCAGCGAGGAUAUGGUGCCAGCUAUACAGUCCGACCAGGAAGUCGCUACCCUGUCACCCGCCGGAGCCCCUCCCCCUCUCCCUCCCCCUCUGAUAGGUCAGUAGGGCUUGCCUCCUCCCCCGCCCCCUGCUCUGAAAGGCCAGAUCUGAGCUCGGGUCGUGGUUUAACCAUCCUGAAAUCAUCCAGUCUCAGUCUCCCCUCAGAACCAAAGGAGGUUCGGUUUGUGAUGCGAAGUGCCAGCGCAAGAACCAGGUCUCGUUCCCCUUCGCCCUCACCCCACGCCUCACCAUGCCCCUCCCCAGUCCUCAGCGGCCCCCUAUUAGCCCUCCGGCCAUGGCGGCAGCGGCCCCUCAACCUGUGGAAUAAAUAUGACGUGGGUGACUGGCUGGAGAGCGUGGGCCUGGCCGAACACCGCCAGCGCUUCCAGGAGCAUGAGAUCGAAGGCUCCCAUCUCCCCGCCCUCACCAAGGAGGACUAUGUGGAGCUGGGCGUGACCAGGCUGGGACACCGAAUCAACAUCGAGAGGGCACUCAGACAGCUGCUGGAUGGUUCCACUUGACCCCUCACCUCUGAUCACCAACCUCUAGACAUCCUGAACUGUGACCUCAUAACCCUGACCUCUGGUCAGACACUAGGCCAUCUCUUUGACUAGAAUAUCUUAGCAGUGACUGAAACUUUAGACCUUUUUACCAACGUGGAGCCCAGAUCUCUGAGUGACAUUUUGUCUCAUCAGCUGUUUGAUCAUCGCAGUGUUGUGAAGAGUGAUAGCAUUAAGCUCUGCGUCCAGUAUUUAACUUUACUGAUGUUUAAUUCCUCCUGUUCACGCCAUAAAAAAACAUCAAAUUCAUAAUUUCUCUGUUUGAAAGGUCAUAAAACAAUCAGACAGGAGCUGAUAUUGAUGACCAUCCAACAUGUUUUCUCUGUGGCCUUUUGGUUUACGAGGCCUUCAAACCAAAAACAUUUAACAUUGUACAGAGCAAUAUAACUAUACUUUGAAUAGCAUGUAAUAACGUCCCAGGUUCUCAUGCAAAUUUAGCAGCAGCACAAGAGCUAAAAGAUUCUUAUGAGAGAAAACUAGUCAAAAUAAUUUACAGAGAUGCCAACACUCGUCAUUAUGGCUACUGAUGAUUAUUUUCUCAAUUAAUAAUUUUGUGCUAAAAUGUUAAGUUUAAAGUUAUAAAAAACUGCAAAAUGUUUACAUUUCAGAAGACCAAGCAGAUUUUUGGCAUUUUUGUCGAGACCAGUCACUUAAACCUAAACAAUUGAACAAUUAUUGUUGUAGAUUUAUUUUCUGUCAAACCACUAGUCAAUUAAUAGACUUAUUAACUAAUAUUUUGCAACUAGCUAGAGCUAGAUAUUUGAAUAUUGAUUUAACAUAGCCAUUUAACAACUUUAUUUUUCUGUUUUCCUAUGUAUUCUGAAUUAUGGGAAAUACUGACAACAUUCCUGAGUUUUGACUAUCCAUUAGAGAUCCUGCUGAAUCUCAUUGACCGUGUACCAUCUCCUAGGGCUGGAACUAAUUCUUGAUUAAGAUUGAUUGAUUGAGAUUUCUUGAUUAAUCUAAAAAAAACAUCAGAAACCAGUGAAAAAUGUCCAAGGGGACACCUUCAAAUGUUUUGUUUUGUCCAGUCAAAGGUAUUAGAUUCAAAAUGUAUUCAUUUUACUUUUAGAAAACAAGAAAGGAUUAUGUUUGGGAUCUGAGCAGAAGCUGUGACCAGUGAUUUUUAUUUUUUGAUUUAUCGAUCAGAAACACUGGACACGGAGCUCUGCUGCCAGUCUCAACAGGUGAAGAUCAAACAGCUGAUCUGACAAACUGACUACAAAUACAACGAGAUGGGUUCUUUUCCUUGUGCCAUUCUGCUUCCCCAGACAAGAUUAGCUGGACUUUUGCUAGUGGAGCUGGACGAUAAGCAAGAUCACUGGGAGUCUCUACCUUAACAACAACAACAGGAGAGCAUAGCUGAGGAUACUUCUCUCUGUUCCUUUUCAGAAAGUUCUUGUGACUUAGCAUUUUUUCCAAAUAUCACUCAUGAAGAAUUUGUGUUAAUUUUGAGUUUAUAUCUUAAUGCAGAUCAUUUAGAAUUUAUGAAUAACAAGUAAUAAUAAUGUGGUGGUGAUGACUUACAGAGUUUAUAAUAGUUUGGAAAAUGAUUUUGAGUUCCUUAUGAUUUGACAAUGAGUUGAAUUUCAAGGUCGUUUCAGUGAUGUUUUGGAAUUCAUAAUGACUUGUCAAUGAGUGUGACUUUGUGCUGAUGUGCUGUGUGUUUCAGGGAGAGCUGCAGCAGAGCUCCAACUGUAAACCUCUCUGGUUUCUAACCUGCUUAUCGAGGGCUUACUGUACAUGGUGCUAUCUGUUUAAAGCCAUCUGUACAGAAAAUACCUUUCUCCUUCCCGUCCUAUCCCCGUCCCAACACCUGAAACUCUUAGGUUAACUCCCAUAACUCUAGUGUGUAAUUCCUAAAUUAAUCAAUCAAUACGGCCGUACCUGCCGUGACCUUCUGGCAUUAACAGUAACUCGUCACAGACAGGCCAUAAAUGGAGUUUCCUCCCUGCCAUAUUGGGGAUUUCUUCCCUGCCAUGUGGAGUUUCCUCCAGACCAUAUGUAGAGUUUCCCAGAGGCCAUAAGUGGUGUUGCCCAGUUAGAGUUAAACAUGCAUUUCAUAUUAGGACUGCAACUAAUAAUUAAACUACAGAUCUCCAUUGGUCUACAAAACAUCAGAAAAUGAACAUUGUAAUGUUCUACAGCACAGGCUGUCAACAUUGAAUGUCCUGUUUAGUCCAUCCUAUGCUCCAAAAUCCGAAAUUAUUCAAUUCAUUAUAUGUAAGAUUAAGAAAAGCAGCUAAAUUUCACUUUUUAGAACCUGAAACCAUCUAACAUUUAACUGUUAGCUUGAAAAAUGACUUAGAUGAGAAUCAGAAUUGUUGCUGAUCAACCAAUCAUUGCAGCUCUAUGAGUUAUGAUGGGGUCACAUCCAAAUUCACUCUCUGUUCAUUUCAGUGACAAAAGGUGUAAAGGUCACGUUACCUUUAAGUUCGAGGAAAUCUGCCCUGAAAAAGGACGUUACAUCAUGAGGCAGGUAAUAAUAAUCUAGCCAAACAUGGUGAACCAGAUUAAUAAUCAGUUAUGCUUAGCAGCAAUAGAAAACUCUGCACAUUCAUUCAUCUGCUGCAUUUUUAAACACAAUUUUGUAGUCACAAACUCUCAAGUCUGAAUCUAGUCUUGAGUCCCUAGUGUUUGAGUCUGAGUCACCAAAGAAGAGUCAGAGUCCAGUCCAAGUCAAGUCCCCAUUAUCUGAGUAUGAGUCAUCACGGUUGACUCUACAGUAAAGUAUUUGAUAACAAGCCUGCUAGCCAUGAUAGCUAAGUCUACCCUGCCCACCCCAGAUUAAUAUCAAGCUAGCUUUUCGCCACAGCAUGCAGGUAAAUUUCGCAAAAUUCGGUCUGACAACCCUGCUAACAUGAGUCGCACUAGAGCUGCAAACUGAUUAAUUGUUCAGUCAAUGAAACAUGAGAAAAAAUGUGAUGUACAAAAAUGUACAUCACAAUUUCGUAGAGCCAUGGUGACCUCAUUUAAUGUCUUGCUUUGUCCAACCAAUAGUCCAAAACCCAAAGGUGUAUAGAAAAGGAAAAGCAGAAAAUAAGCAAAACAGGUUAUUAAAAUAGUAAACAGACAAUUCGACUAAUUGUUGCAGCUCUGAUGGACGCAGCUCUCCAAAACCCUCUUUUGGGCAUCUUACCCAGAGAUCAGAUAAAUGGUAUUUGUAGGUCUAGGGCAUGUUUAGCCUAGCUUAGCACAAAUACUGGAAGCAGAGGGAAACUGUUAGCCUAGCUCCAUCAAAUUUGAAAAAAUACACCUUUCAACAACAAUUUACAUGUUGUAUCUUGUUAGUUAACGAGCUUGUCAUCAAUCCAGAGACUGGAAAGGGUCAAACUUGACAUGAUAACACUAACUGCUGCUAAAACCACAAAGUUAAAUUUUUAGUGUCAGUGUCUUUCUAAACUUGUACAAGAAACAGCAUGUAAAUAAGCCCUCUCUUAAGUUGCUGGAAGGUGUAUUUCUUUCACUUCCCUCCUUAAAAUUGUAACUGGCAAAGUUUAAAAACUGUAUCAAGAACUGUUGGCAUUAACAAAAGCUUUAAGUGAUUUUUAAAUUUAAUUUAAACUGCAUCACAUUGUACAACUCCCUUUAUUCUCAACAUUUUACCCUUAUUUCAUAUGAUUGCAUAACCUACCUGACAUGUUACAGUCUCUCCUCUUGAUUUCCCUCUAAAGCACAAUCAACGUUACAGUGCCUGUUUCCACUGCAAACAAAUUUACUGCAUUUAUUUUUUUUCCAAGUCAAGUACCUGAUAACGUGCCAAGCCACAAUCAUUAUUUUCCAGAGUUGUACAAGUUUACCACAAUGCCCUUUUAUAGGAAAAGUAAUACCUGCCCAUGGCAGACCACAGAGGUAUAGAAUGUAUAGUCUAUGUACAGCACAUUACAGUAGACUGUAGAGUCUCUAUAAUAUAUAUUAUGAUAGAAUAAUGUAGCUGUAGUGUAAUAUAUAAAGUAUAUUAGAAAAUGAAAUUUAUAUACAGUAAUAUUUUAGUAGAACAUUAGUCUAUGAAGUCCAUAUGUUAUAUUCAGACUUUGUAAACAGCUACACAUCAGCUGUUAGCCUACUGCUAACUUACCACUGACAAUCCAGAUAAGUUUCAAACAUCAAUCCUGCCCCCUUCACAUAUUCAGAAAUCUAUCACACUCCCUCCCCCUUUGUGCCGACACAGAGAGCAGCUGGAACAUACUGGAGCUUUUAGCAGAUAAAGAGCCAGAUAUUUCCUCUGGAGGUGGUGGAGACCAAAAACAUAAGUCAAUGUUAUAUUCAUGACUCGUUUCCCCUGCCCCCAGGUGACCAAAAAAGAUCUGAUAUCACAGGUUUAAUUAGAGUUGAAACAACAGACUGGGACCACACAAUAAAAGAAGAAGAGAUUACAGUCAAAAAAAGUUAAUCUAGUGUUAAGUUACUCUGUUACCUGCCUUUCCACAGGUGCCUGCUGUGUAGCUGUUUACACUGAACAGAUAUAUGCUGUAUAUCUGUGUAGUAUAUAUUAUAAUGGACUAGAGUCUACUGUAUAGAGUCGACCACAGAACGAGCUGCCGCUUUCUCUGCAGCAUAACAAUGACAUCAGGCUGGAUGUCGAUUGGUGAUGACGAGGUCAUGUGACCUCUUAACCUCUGACCUCAGGUCCCUACUGAAAAUCCCUAAUGGCGUGUGUUAAUGCACCUGACAGGUCAUUCACCUGUUGUAGGAUUUCUCAGCCAAUCAGAAACACAACCAGCAAACCUGCUGCUAAAAUCUUAUCUGUGACAUGGUGAUGAAGUGAAGUCAGUGGUGUUCCUCCACUGACAAAAGUAGUUCCUUCUUUAUUUUUCCCUAAAGCUGCUUUCUGUUUGUCACCAAUCAAACCAGUGUCAGCUAUUUUAACAUCUGCAGACUAACUAUUAGAUUUAAAGUCUUUUUAGUGGAAAACAUGGUGCUUGCUCUGUCCUGCGCUUUCUGGUCUAGACCAGUUUUAGCUUGGUUCCAGGUCUGUGAAUCUCCUCUCCAUUUUUCAAGUUUGAUCAAGAAAGUUUUCUGCCAUUUUUCCUACUUUCUCCCAUUCCUUCGCCAAGCAACUCCCAUCAGUUUUACUCCUGAUCCUGUCUUAAUUUUCACUAAAUGAUUUACUAUUAAUUGCAACACAAAUCUGUGCCUGUUGUUUUCUAUGUGAGCCAAAACAUUAGUUGUGUUGAAGCAUUUAAACAGCAAUUUUAUCACAUUAGCACAUCCAGGCUGCCGUACCUGGCCUACUUCUGUCUGUAAAGCGGUAUGCGGCCAGUUUUGCACUUUAACCAGACUGGAGAAUUAUUUUGGCGCCACUGAUUCCUGUGUUUUAUCUCAUAGAUGUUAGGUCACAAAUACUUGGACAGUUUCAAGGUUUGGAGGAACAUGAAUCUCUCCUGAUUAAGUCAUCAAUACAAAAGAUGUGUUAGAAAAUAUCUGAUUCUUUUUCUUGACAAAGAGUCAAAUGUACAAACCCGUGGGCAAAUUCUGUCAAUGACUAACAACAGAUGGAGAUUUUUAUAUUUAUACGAGGGCUGAUUGAUGAGUUUGUGUCCUAAAGUAGAAGGAGAUGAGUUAAACAGUUCUUGUUUAACUUCCUGCCCGUACAGUUGAACUAUUUGAGUGAUUCUGCAGAAAGUUUGAAGUCAGUAACUUGUGUUUUUUUCUGUCUCAACUAAUUGAAAAUUAAAAGUCAGCUCUGUCUGAGAAAAUGGACAACAUCGGCUGAAAAUGGAGUUAAACUCAUCCAACACCUGCCCCGUUCACCUGAUCAGUCUAACAUGUCUGUGCUCAGUAGUCGCUGUUUUGACAGAGAUGCUGCUGUGGAUUGUUUUCUCAGACAGAGCUGACUUUCAAUUUUCAAUCACCCGAAAAAGAAAAAAAAAAACACGAAAGUUAUUAACUUCAGACUUUCUGCAGAAUCACUUGAAGAGUUGAACUGAACGUUCAGAUAACAAAAGCUGUUAAACUCAUCUCCUUCCCCUCCAUCAAUUAGCCCUCACAAUUAACAUAUUACUACAGCUAAGAAAAGUUUGAAAUGCAGAAAUCCAGUGCUCCCUAGAUGAAGUUUCUUUGAUAAUUCCAAGAUCCCAGUGUUUGUUUGGUCAGCAGCUGUGGUGACAACGCCACAUGAUGUGUCCUAAUACUGAAAAAUAAAAGAUGUCAGCAUUUGCCACAGAUGUCUGCAAAUUGAGAAUGUACCACCAAACACUAAUUGGCUACUAGAUCAAGUCUGCUGCUGUAGCUACACUUGUGCUAAAACAAAUUAUUAACUGAACCAAACAUUAAAUCAAAUAUUGACCAAAACACUCUGAGAUUCACAGGCGGCCAACAUGGCGACAGGAGAGGACCAGGACAGUCAUAUAAAAAGAUGGAGUGAAGAGCCAAACUGGCUGCCGCUGGAUAUCUGAUUAUGUUAUAGUGGACUAUGGUAACGCCUCAGCUUCCUGCUGAUUGGCUGAGAAUCCUGGCUUUCUAACCUGUGUGUGAAACCUUCCUCCUCCCGAUAUUCACCUCGUUAAAAUGGUUUUUACCCUCCUCCUCCUCCUCUCUGGCUUCCUCUUUUUACAGUAUGUUUGUAGUUUCUUCUGGAGUGAGUGGCGUGUGUGUAACUUGUAGUUUUUUCUUCCCUUUUCUAAAAACUAAAGAGCACACAAUGACAACUGAUGAGCUCUGCAACGCAACAGAUUGUAAUCUUUAUAAUAAACUGUCAUUUAUUACAAAGUUAA